CCAACAAACCCCACACAGAGCAAAACAGAGUGAGACACAACAACAACAACCAAAAAAAGCUCUAAUUUUGCACCAAUGGAGUUCCCAAUUAUCAACUUGGAGAAGCUUAAUGGCGAAGAACGAGCCCCCAUCUUGGAGAAAAUCAAAGACGCCUGUGAAAAUUGGGGCUUUUUCGAGCUUUUGAACCAUGGGAUUGAGCCAGAGUUUCUGGACAAAGUGGAGAGGCUAACGAAACAGCACUACAAGAAAUGUAUGGAACAGAGGUUCAAGGAGCUGGUGGAGAGUAAAGGGUUAGAUGGGGUUCAGGCGGAGGUCAACGAUCUUGACUGGGAAAGCACUUUCUUCCUCCGCCAUCUCCCCGUUUCCAACAUCGCCGACUUGCCGGACUUGGACGACGAAUACAGAGCCGUCAUGAAGGAAUUUGCUGCCAAAUUGGAGAAGCUCGCGGAAGUGCUUUUGGAUUUACUUUGCGAGAAUCUUGGGCUCCCAAAAGGGUACCUCAAGAAUGUGUUUUAUGGAUCUAAAGGACCCACUUUCGGCACCAAGGUUAGCAACUACCCACCUUGUCCUAAGCCGGAUCUGAUCAAGGGCCUCCGAGCCCACACCGACGCCGGUGGCAUCAUCCUCCUCUUCCAAGACGACAAGGUGAGUGGCCUCCAGUUGCUGAAAGACGACCAAUGGGUUGACGUGCCACCACUCCGCCACUCGAUCGUCGUCAAUAUCGGCGAUCAGCUAGAGGUGAUCACAAACGGAAAGUACAAAAGCGUGCUGCACCGAGUGAUAGCGCAGCGCGACGGGGAAGGGAGGAUGUCAUUAGCAUCAUUCUACAACCCCGGGAGCGACGCAGUGAUAUACCCAGCGCCGGCCCUGGUGGGGAAAGAGGGUGAGGAGAAGAAUGAAGUAUUAUACCCAAAGUUCGUGUUUGAAGACUACAUGAAGCUGUAUGCAGGGCUGAAAUUCCAGGCCAAGGAGCCAAGGUUUGAAGCCAUGAAAGCUGUGGAAUCCAACUAAUUGAUUCAUCAACUCAGGGGAAUAUGUGGCCAUAAUUAUGUGUGUUAUUUUAAACUUAACUCAUUGGAAUAAGAAUAUAUAUAUAUAUAUAUAUAUGUUAUAUGAUAUAUUGUAUGGUGAAAAGUGGGGUUUGUUCAUGUGUAUGUUUAAAAUGAGUAUUUGUAAGCUUGGAAUGGAAUGGAUUGGUUAGUGGUUUAAUGUAAAGUUUUGAAAUGA